GUGUAAAAUAAUGUGCUAUUCUAUAUAUAGAUAUUUAGUGAUAUUAAAUUGGAUUGUGUUAUUUCAUUACUCGAUUUGUAUUAUGUCUGUUGACUAUAAUAAUUUAUUGUUUCACAAUCGAUUAAUGUUAUUAUGACACGACAAAUUAAUUAAGAUUUUCCGAGAGUUAAAAGCGCAGUCGUCCCAUCAUCCAAAUGACCUCGCUUCCCUUGUGAAAUUUUACAGUGACCAACGGGACAAAAGAAAUUACUAGCGUGUCACGGUUGUACCUAAUCAUUAUACCAGAGUUGUACUCAUACCGCAUGACAAAGUCUACUUAUUUGAUACUGUUCCAUAUAAAUGACGGUGUGGGAUGUCAUUUGGAGGGGACGCGGCGGCAAAAUGCUCAUACGGCUUGUGUGUUAUUCAACCACGUCCAGUGAUAGUCAGGCGCUAUGAAUGUGUAUACGGCGAACGCGGCGUCCCCAUCAUCGGGCGGCCCGCUGUUGAACGUGCCGUACGCCGUACUCGAAGGACUGGUGGCCGUCGGUGCUACCCUUGGUAAUGGAUUGGUGAUUGUGGCAUUCCACAGGGAACGCAGACUUCGUCGUCGUACAAAUUAUUACAUAAUAUCUUUGGCGGUUGCCGAUCUUCUUGUCGGCCUGGUAGGCAUUCCAUGUGCGGUUUUGGCUAGUAUGGGGUUGCCUAGGCAUCUCCAUCUGUGCCUUUUCUCGGUUUCGCUGAUCAUCGUCCUGUGUACCAUAUCGAUACUCAGUCUUGUUGCAGUGUCCGCUGACAGAUAUUGGGCUAUACUCUAUCCGAUGGCAUACUCCACAAAUUCCAAUACCAAAAUUGCAGUCAGUAUAAUUUGUAUUUGCUGGCUGCUGGGAAUCUUAAUAGGAUUUAUGCCAUUGAUGGGCUGGAGAGCUGAUAACGGUCCCACGUUGGAUGCUUGUAUGUUCAGCCAAGUAAUGGACUACAAUUACCUAGUGUUCUUGUAUUUGGUUACAAUCAUAUUACCAGCAUUGCUCAUGGCUACUUCCUAUGCUCAUAUUUACACGGUCAUCUUAAAACAAAUAAAACAAAUGACGUUGCUGAACGGCAGUCGUAACGACAGUCCGACCAAAUUGCGAGUUUUGGGUGCAGCACGUAAAAGUGAAAUAAAGGCCACUCAAAAUCUAUCAAUCAUCGUGGCUUUCUUCGUCGUGUGUUGGAUGCCUUUGUACACCAUCAACUGCGUGCAGGCGUUUUGUGCUGAAUGUCUGGUGCCGAGCGCCUUGCUUGACGCUUGUAUCGUUCUGUCACACCUUAACUCGGCGGGAAAUCCACUACUGUACGCUUACCACCUGAAAGACUUCAGGAACGCGUUCAAAUCUCUUUUGCUGUGCAGCGACCGCCGAUCGUUAAUCGGAAAAGAUUACAGCAACGGAGGUAGCACAAUGACUCAUUCGGCGGCGGCUGCCGGUACGGCGACGACGGACUGUUGUAAAUCGUCAUUAGCCGCCAAAGUGACAUUUGGAACGGUUUCGUUGUCCAUUACGUCCAUUAGACAAUUACAAAAAAAGCAACGCAACUCCAAGAAGUCUGACCUCAAGACACCUGUACUCUUGUCAGUACGUCAGUUACCAGAAAUACACAACUAAAGUGUGUACAUAAAUGUAGUGGUUCGUGUAAAUACAUUUCUUGCGUUUUUUUAAUUACUAAAUCAGACUUGUAGGUAUAACAAUACUGUUACAACUCCGUUGUUUAUGACGAUUUUUUUAAUUUAUCGUUUACUGGCUUAUAAGUUCAGAUAAACGACGAGAUAUGUUAGAAGGCCUUUUAUUUCCUGGAAAAUAUGACAUUAAACAAGUGUUGUUAAUUGAAGCAUUCUUAAAAAAUAAUCGAUUUCAAUUAUAACACUUAUAAACGAUCGGUAAGAAAAUGCAUUUUGUUAGUCAAUAACGUGAAAAAUUCCGUUGUAAGCUGGUUUUGUAGAUAACGAAAAAGUUUAAUCCACUACCUUUACAAUCUUUUUCACUUGGAAAAAAAUCUGAAUUCAUCUCCGAUUUAAAGAAAAACAAUUGCACGUUUAUUUAUUAAAUAAUUUAUUUAAUAUAAUUAUUUCAUAAAAAAUGAUUCUUAUAAGUUAAGAAAAUAUGAAAACAAAAACAAUAAGGUUUCGGGGUGAUAACAGAAUAUUAAAAAUUUUGUUUUGAAUAAUAAUCCUAGACACGGCUGAUAGUGUGACAUUAAAACCCAAACCUUUAUUAAUCUAUUUUAUAGUUAUUUGUUAUAGGAUAUCAUUUUUUCAUGAUUGAAUAUAUAUAAAUAAAAUGCAAACAAUUAAAAUAUAAUUUAAAUGAACAAACUUAAUACCUUUUGUAUUGCCAUUGAUUCAUUUUCUGUAUCAAA